AUGCCGGCGGCGGCGCGUGCCAGAUUAAACAAUAAGGAGGCCAGGCCGGGCCAGCGGCCUCCAUCUGUCCGCCGCGCCGCCGAAACCGCCGCUUAUAUUCAAAUUGGAAACCAGCCCUUCAUCACGUUGCAGACGAGCGAGCUGGACGCGCUGCUGUGCCGGCCGGAGCUGGACCGGCUGCGCUGUCUGGACGUCGAGCCGGACGUGAAGCGCGAGUCGCCGCUGCACCACCACCACCACCACCAUCCCCCGCACCACCACCACCAUCACCACCAUCACCACCACCACGGGCUCCACCACCACGACCCGUACCUCGAGUCGUCGCCGGCGCCGGCGCCCGCCCCCAGUGACUCGCCGGUGGGUCACCCUUCGGGGGCGGGCGCGCUGGCCGCCGCCUUCUCGUUGGCCACCGCCCCCGCAGCCGCCCCCGACGACGACGUCUUCCUGAGGCCGGCCAUCUGGGAGGACAUCACCUCCAGCAUCCAGAAGCUGGACCCCGAGAACGCGGAGAUGCUUGCCGCCGCCAUCGUCAAGAUGGAGUCCCCGGACGACAUGGACCGGCUGCAGGUGCCGCUCCACCCCAGCUACUUCCAGCCGCAGCCGGCGCACCACCGACUGCAACCUCAGUCGCAGCCCCAGCAGCAGGCGGGGGCGGCAGUGGUAUUGGGGGCGGUCCCCGCGGCCGCGCCGGCGCCGGCGCCGGCGCCGUCGCUGUCCUACAAGCUGGCCGGCGUCGCCGCCUCCGUCUCCGGCUCCCCCUCUUGCUCCGCCUCUGCGCCCGCCCCCGGCUCGUCCGUCCCCGCCCCCACCCCCGCCCCCGGGCUGCUGCCGCGGCAGUUCGCGCCGCCGCCCACGCCGCCCGCGUCGGAUCCCGGCUCCCCCGGCGCGCGCCGCACGCCGCCGCCUCCCUACCCUGCGCAGGCUCAGGCGCCGCACCCGCAGCCGCCCCCGCAGCCUCCGCCCCCACCGGCAGCCACGGUGCUGGCGGCUGCAGCCACCCCCACGCCAAAGUACAACCGACGGAACAACCCGGAGCUCGAGAAGAGGCGGAUCCACCACUGCGACUACAUCGGUUGCACCAAGGUCUACACGAAGAGCUCCCACCUCAAGGCGCACCAGCGGAUACACACAGGGGAGAAGCCGUACCGCUGCCAGUGGCCGGAGUGUGAGUGGCGGUUCGCGCGGUCGGACGAACUGACGCGCCACUACCGCAAGCACACGGGCGCCAAGCCCUUCAAGUGCGCCGUGUGCGACCGGUCGUUCGCGCGCUCCGACCACCUCGCGCUGCACAUGAAGCGCCACCAGCCCAAGGCACCCAAGUGAGCGAGGCGCGGCGCGGCCGCGCGCCUCCACGUCUUCGUGCACCCGAGGACUGACUGCGCGGCACAGUGUUUCUGACAUUCCCCGCGCUUCAAGACUUUCUCAUUUCCCAAGAAACACAGACACCGCCCCGGUGUUCUUGGUGAACCUCUCGGUUUCAGCUCUCUUCCCCCCACGCUUUACACGAGUACAGUGACGUAGGGGUUAAAACAGAAGAAAAAAGGGACCGUGUAUAAGAAAUUGAGAAGUGUGAUGUAUAUUUAAUUAGCAAUUGUUUCCGAUCGUUGCUGUUCCGUCAAACUCGCGAUGAGAAAGGUAGCAGUUUUUCCUACAUGGCAUUAAGUACUUGAUACAAGCAAGUAGAGCUUUUCUGCCAUUAAAUAUAAGGUGCGCAAACGGUCACUUGUUACUGAUGGAAAUAUAUUAGUUUAGGCCACCAACAUAAUUUUUAUUUGUCGUCUCAUCAUUACGCGUUUGUCCGCAUCUCGUGGUCUUGUGGUAGCGUUCUCGUUUCCCGCACACGAUUCCCGGCGGGGUCAGGGAUUUUUCCUGCCUCGAGAUGACUGGAUGUUGUUGUGUCGUCUUCAUCAUCAUCAUUCAUCCUCAUUACGAUCGGAGGAAGGCAAGGGCAAACCACCUCCACUAGGACCUAGCCUAGUAACGCGGUGCGGUUCUCCCGCAUCGUCCCCUGCGCUCCUCGGAGUAUGGGACUUCAUCAUCAUUGCGCGUUUUCGGUAUAAGUAUUUACCAGAUCUGACAGAACCACAUACAAUACUCUGUUGCCUACAGCUACAUUCCGAACUGCUGGCACUGAGCAGUGAUGGCGGUUCGGAAUACAGUAGGAGGCGACAAGGAGCUGUUCAUGGUUUUGACAGAUCUGGUAAGGAAUUACCCCGAAACGCGUAAUUAUCAAAUGAUAAACAAAAAUUUUAUCGGUGAACAAGACUAGCGUAUUUACAAUCAAAACUAAAGAUAGUUGCAGCUCUCCAAGGAGACUUUUUGUCUAAUGUGAUCUUCGCUUAUGCAUUCACAUCUAAACCCUCCAUAAACAAAGUUUUACGAGUCAUCGUUAAUCUUCCUUUUACUGUACUACGCGCAGGUUAUGGAUACAAUCUUUUGGCCACGUCUACCAAAUUUCUGAGCUCUGCCUACUCUAAUGAACUGUGUAGCCAUUUGGUUGAUCACAGGACCAACCAACUUUUGCUUACUUUACCAGAUUCUGCGAAUACUGCUAUGUUUCUAACGUCUGUAAUUUCGUGACCAUACCACAAUGUAAAUAGUACCCAGAACCCACUUUACUGUAAUUUCAUUUCUUUUGUACAAUACGACAACAUUACGGACACAUAAUUAAGACCAAAAAUAAUCAAAAAUUGUUUGUAAAACACAUUUACAUUCAGAUAACAGUUCGGGAAAAUGGAUCUACGGUUUAUGUAUCAGCAGAAUUCACUGUAAAGCUAAAAAAAAAAAAAAAUAAAAUAAAAUAAAAAAAUAAGAGAAAAGGAUGUAACAACGAAGACAGGUCACAUAUUCAGACGUAAUUCAAUUAACAUUCGUGAUAUGUAAUGCAUCAUCUUAUACGUAGUUAUAUCUAUCCACCUGUGACCGCCGAUCGACCUUAACAGCUUUACUUCUGUUAUCGUGUCUCUCAUAGAUUCCGUUAAACGUGUGAAAUACCUAGUAUACAACUCUUUCUCCUUCCUGUUUGUUCACUCUUUUCUGCAACUCCAGGACGGUUCGGAACAAGAUUUCAGAUCUUCUGUGAAGAAUUGUAAAUUUCACGUACAAAACAUUCAUAUUACGACGGAAUUUCAAAAAGUAAGUUGCACAACUGUGUGCCAUUUACACUUUUUGCGAACAAAAAUUAUACUGUCUCGCGCUUUUGAAUUUUGGAGUACGUUUCUAGUUGCAGCCCCAUUCCACUUCUGCGCGCCAUGCACUUGUUCCGCGUACCGCAGCAGACGUGUCUCCGGGAAACUCAGAGUGUAUAUUCUUUCCUGGAAAUGGACCCCUCUUGUUGCAUAAUAGUCUUGGCAAGGGACGACAGGAGUAGCUUACAUUUUGAAGUCCCCCCGUGUAUAAACCUUGGUUGACCUGCGAAUUCCACUUUGCAACUAUUCAGAUAAUUAUCUUCAACUAACUGCACGUGACCUGAAUUGAAAUUUAUCCUACACGAGCAGCAUCUACGCAAGCAUAAGCCUAAGUUGUGUUGCAAAAUGUCUGAUUCAGAUCAUGUACGAACCACAAAAACUUUAGACUACUCCCAAAAUUAUUUCUAAGUAUUCCUCAUCACAUGAAUUCCAGUAAAGAGAAUUGUUUUCGAGCAAUUUUUUAUUCUUUCAAAAUUUAAAAACUGCUUCAGUACUACAGUUUAAGAAAGUCUACGAUGACUUGAGGAUAAAUAGUGAUUAUUUGCCUAUCCGUGUCUAGGCACUUUGAGAAAAGAUUCCUGUUUUCCUUUUGUUUGAAAGAUACAUGGAAUCCCUGUGGACAGGUCUCUGAAUGGUGAAUUACUUUAUACCUCUUAAUAAAUUUACCUACACAGAUCGCUGCGGCUGAAAACCAUUGUACAAAGGCAGAUAAUCAGACUGUCAUUCGUUAGAGAAAUUUGUGUUUUUAAGUGUGUGACUGUGAAACGAACAGUGUUCUGCUUAUGUCGUGUGACUAUGAUUGUCAGUGUAGCGAAUGAAAUCGCGAUUCGUGCCAGUGUGUUCAGGACAAGAGAUCGAUGAUCUCCUAGAGACAAUGUUAGUUGUAUAAUGCUUGUAACAGAUUUAUAGAACGUGCUUAGAAUUUUAUAUAAUGUUUUUCCACUGGCGGCUUUUUAAAUCGCCACAGUGAGUCAUUUGAUACCAACAUUGUAAUAUAUAUUUUUAUACUGUUAUUGUCAUAUAUUUUAACACAGUCUAACAAGGCUCUCUCAUCUAUUAACAUUUUAAUAUGAGGUUGAGGGAACUGAAAUUUAAUAUCUUGUGUCUAUAAGAACUUUUAGAUUUGUAUACAGUUUUGUACUUAAUCAGGUUUUAAUGGCUUGUCUGCAGUUCAUUGAUAUUUUUGUAUGAAUUUUUUAUAUUAAGAAUUCUUUUUUUUGAAAACUGUACUGUGCAAGCCAAACAUUCCAGUCAGUAUGGUGCUAUAAGGAGGCUAAUUUGCAUCAAAAUGUAAAAAAAAAAAAAAAUCGUGAAGACUGCUAUGUGCCUUACCACACUUCGUGCAGUUAUGAGCAUUACUAUACAGAAAUUGUUCAUUUUAAGAGGAAGGGGGAAGAUGUGUAUUUCACAAUACUGUUCUCCGCAAGAAACUCAGGUAAUAAGUGUUGAAAAUGAAAAUCUGUUCUUAUGAAUAUGUUCGUGAAUACAGAUGAGUUGUAUUUCUCGUAUAUUUUAUUCACACCUCAUCAAAACCGCUCUUGCAUAUGUGAUAUGGUUGUUGACAUUUGUUACAUAAACUUUAUUUAAGUUUUUGAGAGUAAUGUAUUACAUGUGCCAUGAAAAUAAUGAUGCCAAAUACCUUCAGGUGUUCAGUGCAUGUGUUGAAGGUUGUGUUUCUCCCCUUGUCCUAGAAUAUUAAAGAUGAUGAUCACACCUGUUA